AGAGUCAGAAAAUGUGAGGGAUGAUAAGAGUGAGUGCGACAGAGAGCGUUAACAAUGUGUGUGUGUGUGUGAGAGAAAAAGAAUUGAGACAGAGAAGAUGGUUGUGUAAUGUGAGUGAAAGAGAGGAAAAAAAAAGGGGAAGGAACAGAUAAAAUGUACAGGCGCACAAAGAUAGUAUAUAGAAGUAAAUGUGCAUUAAACAAGUGAUGAAGAAAGAAAUGUGUGUGUGUACGAGGAAAAAAAGAGAAAAGUAUCUAUUUUAUUUAUAAGAAAGAGGACAGUAAGAGAUAAAUAUAGACAGAAAAAAAUCAGUGAAAGAGUGUGUGUGUGUAUGUGUGAACGAAUGAGAGAGGGAAAAAAGAUUGAAAAAUAGAGAAAUAAAUAGAGAAUGUACGUAUGUGUGAGAGUGUAUGUGCGUGAGUGAAGGAAGAAAGGACAGGAAAAACAAUAUGAGAGAAUACAGAAAGAACUUAGGUUAUAGUGGUUGGCGGUGUUGAAAGAGUAGGGCAGGUGCUUUUAUGAACACGGAGUGCUAACAGAGGAGGAGUUGGCAGUGCUUACUUGUUCUUUAGUUAUAGUAGUGACAGUAGCAGCAAUAGUAGUAGUAGUAGUAGUAGACAUUAUUCUUGUUAUUAUUGUUGCCGUGGCGGUUUUUUCCCUCUCCAAAGCGAUCCUUAAACCAACUGGUGUGCUAAGGAGAUACGACAUAUGUUCUAGAUUCCAACACCAUACUUUAAAGAAAAGAGAAAAAAGUUAAACUAAAGUGUCAAACAAACAAACGUAAAAAAAAAACAAAAGUCUUUAAGAACAAAAGCAGUUUGAAAAACCGAAUCCGACAGUUUAGAUCAAACACUGGUCUCUGGAACGAUCAGUUCUUGUCAUCUUCCCCAUUUAUCUAAAUCUACCCAGUCCUGUCAAGGAUGGGUAAGAAGGCAGAUGGCAAACCACGCAGUCGUUCAACAUCUUACAUGUUCUUUGUGAAGAUUUGUCGGGAAGAACAUGAGAAACAGCAUCCCGGUGUUAAGUUAGAUUUUAAAGAAUUUUUACGGAAAUGUUCAGAAAGAUGGAAGGACAUGUUACCUAUGGAAAAGAAACUGUUUGAAGAGAUGGCUCAGAAAGACAAGAUUCGGUAUGACAAUGAAAUGGCUAACUAUGUGCCACCCCCUGGUGAAAUUAAACGGAAACGGAAACAAGUUAAAGACCCGAAUGCUCCGAAACGUUGUCUCUCAGCGUUUUUCAUCUUCUGUAAGGACCACAGAGCAAAGCUGAUUGAAGAAAAACCAGAAUUAAAAGUAUCUGAAGUGGCUACACUGCUGGGAAAGAUGUGGAAAUUGUCGACACCUGAGGUGAAGAAAUCAUAUGAAGAAAGAGCAGCACAAGAUAGAAAACGAUAUGAGAAGGAAAUGAUAAUCUUCCGAAGUCAGCAAGUCAAUGUUGAAUCACCCAAGGCUAUUAUUCCUGUACCAAAGACCACAAACGAAGAAUUCCAACCAAAAGCGAAAGUUGCCAAAUUGAAACCAGAGAAAUCGGUCAAACCUCAAGCACCAGUAGCUGUACAAGUAAAAUCUUCACCUUCACAACCACAACUACCACCAGCAAAACCCAUGGUUAAAAAUGCCAAAAUAACUGAUAACCGGACCAAAGCGGCAAAGGCACAGAUAGCAGCUCAAGCAGCACGGGCAGCUCAAGCGGCUCAAGCAGCCCUAGCUGCAGCAACAGCAAAAAGAGUGGCAAUAGAGUCAGACGAUGAGUCAGAGGAGGAAGACGAUGGGGAAGAAGGUGCAGAGUCAGAAGAGGGGGAAGAGGGCAGCAGUGAAGCUGGGGAAGAGAGCAGUGAGGAAGAAGAGGAGGAAGAAGGGGAAGAGUCAGAGGGAAUGGCGGAGGCAGUAGUAGUUAAGGGCAAGGCGCAAUGCAAGGACAGUGUUACCAUCAAUGCUGACAACAACGACGACGAUGAAGACGACGACGAUGAUGGUGAUGAGGAUGAUGAUGAUGAGGAGGAGGAGGAGGAGAGGAGGAAGAGGAGGAAAAUGACAACAAUAAUGACAACGAGGAUAAUGAUGAUGAGGGGGGUGAUGGUGGUAAUAAUGCAGGUGCCGUAGAUGACGAUAAAGAUGAUAGCAGUGAUGAUGAUGAUGAUGAUGAUGACGAUGAUGAUGAUGAUGACGACGAUGACGAUGACGAUGAGGAGGAAGAAGACGAAUAAUGCAAUACAAUUUGAGAGGCAAAAAGUGGUUUUUUUAAAAAUAUUUUUUAAUGGCUUAGUGAGAAGGGGCAAAAGGCAGCCCCUGCGGUCCAUUUGGGCUUCUGACUGGUGGCAGGAAGGGUGGACAUUAUGCUCAAAACCAGACAUCUGUCCCAAAUGCUUAUAACAGAAUGGACUCUGCUCAAACCAUCUGAUGGCCUGUUGAGGUUGGUAAACAAGUCGAUGUAUUAAGUCUACCAAAAUCGUCCUACUCUAUCGAGAUCAUGUACACAUUGCAUUUAUUUAUUAAAAAAAAUACAAAAAAAUACAAGUACCAAAAAUGCUAUAAAAGAAAA